ACAGAGAGACUGUGUGAAGAAGGAAGGAGUCGCCUGAGCAGAAGGAGUGUAUUCUCAGGAGAAAGGGCUCUGUCCACCACACCACGCAUAAGACCACCAGGAAGAUCCCCACUGCAAACCAAUCCAACCUUUCAGGGAGAGAGCAGGCCUCCUCAUCUCAUCAUCAUGAACUGGUGGUGCAUGAUCAUCUCUGGGCUUAUUGUAGUGGUGCUUAAAGUUGCCGGAGUGACCUUAUUUCUGCUUUAUUUCCCACAGAUUUUUGGCAAAUGUAAUGACAGCUGCAGUCCCACAGGGAGCUAUGGAACAGUCCCACAGAUUUUCGGGAAUGGUAAUGACAGCUUCAGUCCCACAGAGAGCUAUGGAACAGUCUGCCCCAGCAGGUGGGAUUUUCAUCAAGGAAGAUGCUUUUUCUUUUCCACCUCUGAAAUGUCUUGGAACAAAAGCAGGGACCUGUGUGAAGCACAAGGAUCGACUUUGGCCAUUGUCAACACCCCCGAGAAAUUGAAGUUCCUCCAGGUCAUAGCUGGAGCCGAGAAGUAUUUUAUUGGCUUACUAUACCAGCAGGCAACGAAGAGGUGGCAUUGGAUCAACAAUUCCGUUUUCAACGGCAAUAUUACCAAUCAGAUUCAGAAUUUCAACUGUGUGACCAUAGGCCUAACAAACACAUUUGAUGCUGCAUCAUGUGACGUUUCGCACCGCUAUAUCUGUGAAAAGCGUGCCAAAUGAUCGAGUUCUCUGUGGUCUCUGACAAGAACAACCAACAUACUUAUGAAGAUAGCAAAAGAGAACAUUGACAAUUGGGACUGAUCCAAGAAAUAGAGAAUAUCAAAUUACUGUGUCUGUCUUCCACGGGUUACUGGCUGAGCUCCCUAACCAAUCCUCAAGGCUAAUGCACGUGCCCCUUUACAGAUAUACUUGCAUGUACACAACUGAGGCAAACCCCCCAUUCUGAGCCAGUAAUUCCUCAAGAGUCCAUUUCCUGUGAGAGUCGCAUCUGUGAUUCUUUUUUAUCUGAACAAGUCAUGAAGUCAAUGAUCCCUUUGUGCAUCUGUAGACAAGAAGAGGCUUGGCUGUUUGGGGGAAUGAACUUCUGUAUUCCACAAGGGGGACUGGAUACUAGCCAUCUCCAGGAAACAUGAACAGUUUUGUGGAGGCAACUCAGUUGGUAUAAAGACAGCUAUGUUUCUGUAGAACUGAGCAUUUCUCAUUGGUCAACAGGGCUGAGCCUGUUGCUAGGGUCUGUCUGAUCCUCAGAGCACCUGGCCAUACUACCAGGGAGAAACUGCAGACUGAGCAGGUGUGAACCUUAUUUAGAGAGCAGCAAGGGUGGAAGAUGAAUAAACUCCACUUCUGUGCCCCCAUCUCUGUUCCCAAGAGACCCCUCCACACACCCUUUAUCCCUGCCCCUGGUCUGAACUGAGGCCAGGCUCUGGGAAGGACUCUUGGAGCCAAGCUUGGAGCAGAGAGAGUGUUGUUCCAGGGAUUGAGGAGGAGUCUUGGCAGGCCAGGAAUCUGCUAGGAAACCCCUUUUAAGACAACCCAACAGUCAAGAUGAUCAAGCUGACUGAAUCUCUGUUCUUCAACAAAGCUCUAAGAGAGACUCAAGCUAACAAUGUUCUUGGUCUUGGCCUGAAUCUCCAUUUUAACAGAUUCUUAUUAUCUGAUCAUAUUUGUUGAGUAUAUUGUAACAAACUGGGGUAGUCUCCUGGGCCCCAGUGAUCACAACAUAUUCCUCUUUGCAGUUCUGUAGCGACCCUGCCAGGUACAGUUUUGCACUGGUUGACAUCACACUGAUCCCAGACAAGUCCAGCUGAUCAAGAAUUAGAAAAGAAGGGGAGGGAUGCUCAAGGAAACAUUGGGUGGAGGCAAGGAGUGAGCAUAUAGGAGAAAGGGCACACCAGGAACAAAUGGAAAUCAUUCCGGAGGAAAUAAGAGUCCAUUUGGCCCGAUGGGAAGGAAGGCAAGAAAGAGGUAGAAAAAUCAUGGGGUAUCCUGUCUGUUCUCUGUACUCAACAUAGCCUACAGACCCUCCUCAGUGCAUGGAAAAGAGAAAAGAGAUGCCCAUGGGUUUUCAGUAGCAAGAAUUAAACCAUGAGAGACUGUACAAAAUAAAUGGAAAUUAUAGUCACCUAAGUAAAAUGCUUACCAUUUAUGUCUAAUAAAAUAAAUGUCAUUAGAUGGAUGUCAAAUUAAAUUAUUGUCAGUUUUACUUUUAUUAUUAUACCACUAAGCUCUGUUCCUGUGUUACUAAGCGUCAUAGUUUUUGGGUAAUUAGCAUGCCACUUAUUUAUAAUUUUAAAAAAUGAUAUAAUUAGAACUUGCUUGAAGGAGAUUGCCAGAAACAAUUUGUGUUUGGGGUAGAGUGGAUGUUGGAAUUAUAUUAGUAGUCUCAUGGUGUUCGCAAAGACCAGUGCUGCAGUUGAGGAGGGAGGAAAGGCUAGGUGUGUGGUAAAAAAAAAAAAAAAAAAGAAAAGAAAAAGCAGAAUUCUAACCAAAGUUAAGCCUCAGAAUUCAGACAACAGAGUGAAAACCACAACCGUCUGUUUUGAGAAGGGAGAACUGUGGUUGCCACACUUCCUAUGCGAUGACAGGAGAGAUUGCAAACUUUUAGAGUCCGGAAAUGUAGACAUCUAGUGAUUUCCCUAGGAGACAGCUCAAAUUUUCCCCAAGAUAAGGAGGUGUUCUAUCCCAGUUCUAAAAGAGGUCCCAUGAGAUGGGCUGGGGUGCUGAUGGGGAGUAUAUAGGAAAUAUGUGGACUAUGGUUUAAGUUUAUUACUGGGGUCAGGGGUGGUCAGAUAUUAGGAUAUAUAAAUGUCACCUUAUAGGAUAGCAGCAGUGAGGUUUUCAUUUUUUUAUUAUAUAUAUUUUUAAUCCUCACCUGAGGAUAUAUUUAUUGAUUUUUAAAGAUAGGGGAAGGAA